GAAGGGCCAUGUGGAGCCUGCCAAGUGUGCUGUGAGCUCUCUGCUGUGUGUGCUGCCUCUUUGGAGGAUCCCGGGCCAUGUGUUAAUUCCACCAUAGACAAAUAAUUCCUGCCUCCUCUCCUCUCCUCUUGUACCAAAAUAAUCAGUAGCCGCAGUGUAGGCUUCUUCCUCCUCCCUUUCUUCUUCUUCCCCGUCCGUCUCAGAACAAAUUUGUUCCAGUAGGAUUUUUAUUGGUUGUUUCAUUCUUGUUACCUCUUGGAGUUGACGAUAGAGGUAUGUGUACUCAUGUACGCAUGCCUGUCUGCGGCUUGCUUCUAGUAGCUAAGUAGUUGACUAGCAAGCAAGCAGGCGGGCAGGCAAGCUCCUGAAGCUGAAAGCUAGUAAUCAAGCAAUCAGCUGCAGAUCGAGGCAAUUCAUCAGAAAUUAAGAUAAUGGCGAUGGAGCCUGCGUUGAAGGUGGCCCUGGGCUCCGCCGCGUUCGCCAUCUUCUGGGUGCUGGCCGUGUUCCCCGCGGUGCCCUUCCUCCCGAUCGGGCGCACGGCGGGGUCGCUGCUGGGCGCCAUGCUGAUGGUGCUGCUCGGCGUGAUGAGCGCCGACGAGGCGUACGCGGCGGUGGACCUCCCGAUCCUGGGCCUGCUGUUCGGCACCAUGGUGGUGAGCGUGUACCUGGAGCGCGCCGACAUGUUCCGGCACCUGGGGCGGCUGCUGUCGUGGCGGAGCCAUGGCGGGCGCGACCUGCUGGUGCGCACCUGCGCCGUGUCGGCGCUGGCGUCGGCGCUCUUCACCAACGACACCUGCUGCGUGGUGCUCACCGAGUUCAUCCUCAAGAUCGCGCGGCAGAACAACCUGCCGCCCAAGCCCUUCCUCCUGGCGCUGGCCUCCAGCGCCAACAUCGGCUCCGCCGCCACGCCCAUCGGCAACCCGCAGAACCUGGUGAUCGCCGUCCAGAGCGGCAUCUCCUUCGGGCAGUUCGUCUUCGGCAUCCUCCCGGCCACGCUCGUGGGAUCCGUCGUCAACGCCGCCAUCCUGCUCUGCCUCUACUGGGGGCAGCUCGACGGAGGGAUGAAGCCCGCCGCCGAGGAGGUGGUGGCCGUGCCCACCGAGGUUGUCGAGGAGGAGGACGUGACCUCGCACCGCUUCUCGCCGGCCACCAUGUCGCACCUCCGCUCCAAGUCGCAGCCGCAGUCGCAGUCGCAGCGCUUGGGGGCCUCGUCCGACGCCGCUGGCGAGGACUACCACGUCAAGCCGGCGGCGGCGGAUGCCACCGCCAACGGCAACGGACACCGCGAGUACGACGGCAAGCAGGCUUUGGCCAACAACGGCAUCCACCAGAGGCGCGUAGGUGCCACCAACGGGGGGGCGGGCAAGGUCAACGACCACUCCUUCCAGUCGGAGGAUAAGGAGGUGGGCAUGGACGACGAUGAGGAGGAGGCGUGGCAGAGCAGGGUGUGGAAGACGUGCGUGUACGUGAUCACCGCCGGCAUGCUGGUGGCGCUGCUGCUGGGCCUCAACAUGUCGUGGAGCGCCAUCACCGCCGCCCUGGCGCUCAUCGUGCUCGACUUCAAGGACGCGCGCCCCUGCCUGGAGAAGGUCUCCUACCCUCUGCUGCUCUUCUUCUGCGGGAUGUUCAUCACCGUGGACGGCUUCAACAAGACGGGCAUCCCCAGCACGUUCUGGGAGUUCAUGGAGCCCUAUGCGCGGAUCGACACGCCCACCGGAACCGCCAUUCUUGCCCUCGUCAUCCUGCUGCUCUCCAAUGUGGCCUCCAAUGUCCCGACAGUUCUCCUGCUGGGCGCCCGGGUUGCUGCCUCGGCCGCCGCCAUCUCCCCGGCCGCCCAGACCAACGCGUGGCUCAUCCUGGCCUGGACCAGCACGGUGGCCGGCAACCUCUCCCUGCUGGGCUCCGCCGCCAACCUGAUCGUGUGCGAGCAGGCGCGCCGGUCCCAGCACUACGGCUACACGCUCUCCUUCUUCAGCCACCUCCAGUUCGGCUUCCCGGCCACGAUCAUCGUCACCGGCAUCGGCCUCCUGCUCAUCAGAACCUACUGAUGAUUGAUGAUACCGAACCAUGUGUUUGUUUGCACUGCUAGUAGCUCUACAAGAAAGUAAGAUUAUCUUAGUAUAUUGGUUGAUUGAUAUAAACAAGAAGAAGAUUGUACAUUUUGGAUCGAGUAGCACACAGUACAGAUAAUGUAUAUCAUGCCAUAAGAAAAGGAGGUGUAUAUCCUAUCCUGCCUAGCAUUCUGCAAGUCUGUAUAAUUGGGAUCUCAUUCCAACUCGACAAAAGAUUAGUUUGCCAGAUUACAGCA